AUGUUGACGCCGACUCUCCUUCCUCUCGCCACUGUGGCCCUCGCGCUGCUCAGCACCAGCCAGGAAGCAUAUGCUCGCCCAGGCAAGCUUCGACCUGUCGAAUCUAAACGACUCCGAGACGACAUCAAGCGUCACGACCUCCUCUCGGGCGCACGCAAGCUCCAGUCGCUCGCCUAUGCCUCCUCGGAGCGCAACCGUGUCUUCGGCUCGCCAGGCCACAAGGCCACCGUCGAGUACAUCCGAGAUGAGCUCACCAAGGGCGGUCGCAAGGACUACUACGACGUCUACCUCCAGCCCUUCACCGCCACCUACGCCCAGCAUUCGGCUGAGCUCGCCAUCGACAACCAGCCUACCAAGGCCGCUACCUUCACCUACUCGCCGAACGGCGCGUUCGAGGACGUCGAGAUCGUCAAUGUGGCCAACGUCGGUUGUGACCAGGCUGACUACCCUGCCAGCGUCGAGGGCAAGAUUGCGCUCGUCAAGCGAGGCACCUGUCCCUUCGCCACCAAGGUGGGCCGCGCCGGCACCGCUAAGGCUGCGGCUGUCAUCAUCUACAACAACGCUGACGGCGAUGUUGCCGGUACGCUCGGCAGCAAGGGACCUUCUCCAGAGGGACCUUUCGUCCCCGUCGUCGGUGUCACUCAAGACAUCGGUACUGCCCUCGCCACUCGCCUCGCAUCCGGCGAGCGUGUCACUGCGGACCUCACCGCUGAAGGCGUCGUCGAGGACCGUCUGACGCACAACGUCAUCGCCGAGACCAAGGGCGGCAACAAGGAGCAGGUCAUCAUGGUCGGUGCGCACUCGGACAGUGUCGUCGCUGGGCCAGGCAUCAACGACAACGGUUCGGGCUCGGUCGCGCUGCUCACCCUCGCCAAGGAGCUCUCCAAGUACUCGACUCCCAACGCCGUCCGCUUCGCCUGGUGGUCCGCCGAGGAGUUCGGCCUCCUCGGUGCCGAGCACUACGUCGAGCAGCUCAGCCAGGCGCAGAAGGACCAGAUCCGCCUCUACCUCAAUUUCGACAUGAUCGCCUCGCCCAACUACGUCUUCAGCGUGCACGACGGUGAUGGAUCCACAUUCAACGACCCUGGCCCGGCUGGCUCGGCCGAGGCCGAGAAGAUGUUCGUCGACUACUUCAGGGACGUCGCCAAGAAGCCACUCGUCGAGGGUCCCUUCGACGGCAGGUCCGACUACGGGCCGUUCCUCGACGCCGGUAUUGCUGCCGGUGGUCUCGACACCGGUGCCGAGCAGCUUAAGACCGAGGAGGAGGCGAGGAUGUUCGGCGGCACCGCCGGCAUCGCCUAUGACCCCAACUACCACCAGGUCGGCGACACGGUGGACAACCUGGCCAUGGAGGCGUUCGAGGUCAACGCCAAGGCCAUCGCUCAUGCCGUAGCUACUUAUGCCACCAGCUUCGACAGCUUGGGCAAGAGGGGCUUGAGCAGGCCCGAGAAGAGGGCGCUCGCGGCCAAGAAGGUGGACCACAGCACGCACAGGUGCGGUGGUGAUCUGGCGCUCAUCUAG